CCCUACCACACAUCACUAGAAACACACAACGCACACUGCUUACCUCUCAUCUCACAGCCCAGACCACAAUGGACGAACUCGACAUGCUUUUAGAGGAGUUGGCUCAGAACUCCACCCAGACUUCAACUGUUCCUGCACCCAUUCCACCCAAAACUCUCCAACUGGGAGCCUCGGUUAAAAGUAACAACACAACUCAGCUUGAACAAACGGAAUCCUCUGGAUUUGUUGCUGGUCCAGGAAAGACAUGUAAUCCCUACAGUGUGGUUCCAGUCCCCGUGGAGGCCGGAGUGAUGAGUCCCGGCACAGCUACACGAGAGCUCGACUCCAUCAUGAAUGAGCUGCUAGGGCUAGGCCUGGAGGUUUCAGAACCCACAUCAAACCCACCUCCAAUGGCUCACAAGUCAAUGAAAGACAAAAAACCGGAGGAAACUGAAGAAAGUGAUAGUGGAAAGCAAAAAGAGGCUAAGAAACCACAGCAUCCUCCUCUGUCAGAGAAAGUAUCCAAGAAUGUGGAUGCUAUAGAUGACUUGCUGGGCUCUCUCAGCUCAGACAUGGAGAAAAUGGGGGUCCGGACAGCUGCCAAAGGCCACUGUGCUUCUUGUGGCAAGUGUAUAGCUGGGAAGAUGAUCACAGCUUUGGGUCAGGUGUGGCAUCCAGAACACUUUGUGUGCACGGCAUGCAGGGAGGAACUGGGCACAUGUGGCUUCUUUGAGAGAGACGGCAAGCCGUACUGUGAGAAAGACUACCAGAACCUCUUCUCCCCUCGCUGCGGUUACUGCAAGGGUCCCAUUACUCAGAACAUUCUAACAGCGAUGGAUCAAACAUGGCACCCAGAACAUUUUUUCUGCAGCCACUGUGGAGAUCUAUUUGGACCUGAUGGGUUUAUGGAGAGAGAUGGUAAACCAUAUUGCUCUAGGGAUUUCUACCGCCUCUUUGCACCCAAAUGCUCCGGCUGUGGAGAGCCAGUGAAGGAGAACUAUCUGUCUGCAGCCAAUGGAACCUGGCACCCUGACUGCUUUGUCUGUGCGGACUGCCUGAGGCCUUUUACAGACGGUUGCUUCCUCGAGUUGAACAGUCGGCCCCUCUGUUCCCUGCACUAUCACUCCAGACAGGGCACUCUGUGUGGGACCUGUGGAGAGCCCAUCUCGGGUCGCUGCAUCGCUGCUCUGGACCGCAAGUUUCACCCUGAACACUUUGUGUGUGCGUUCUGCCUUCGGCAACUGAGUCAGGGAGUGUUUAAGGAGCAGGCAGGGAAGCCGUACUGUUCGGUUUGUCAUACGAAACUCUUUGUGUGAAAAACGUGACGUUUCUCAAGCAAAAUCAAGGUUUUAAAGCAGUGGUUCUCAAAUUUUUUAAAAGCC